GCCUUCCGCCGCCUCUCCGCAUUCAGGCCCAGCAAGCGUGCUACGUCACGGGGGGACUGGGCCACGGGGCCGCAGUGUUGACGCGUCGCUUAGCAACCGGGAGGCUUACCUUUGGAAGCUUCUUAGGGCUCUCGCCACGGUCCUUCCCUCCUCCCGCCCCUCCCCUCCGUCAACUCCCCUCACCUAGGAGCUGCCAAACAUCUGGAUCAACCUGGGCACUACGAGGGGUUGAAUUUCUACCAGUAACGCGCCUUUUUACAUUUUUUCCCCCCCGAACUCCUUCUCACAUGCGUAAAACCCACUGAUUCUUUUACUACACGUUUUAUGAGAACGAGACAUUUUCUAGGAAGAUGGUGGCAGAAAAAGAGACCCUGAGCUUAAACAAAUGCCCAGACAAGAUGCCGAAGAGGACCAAGCUGCUGGCGCAACAGCCGCUCCCGGUGCACCAGCCUCACUCCCUGGUUUCUGAGGGCUUCACAGUCAAAGCCAUGAUGAAAAACUCAGUCGUGAGAGGCCCUCCAGCUGCAGGAGCAUUUAAAGAAAGACCAACCAAGCCCACAGCAUUUCGAAAAUUUUAUGAGCGAGGAGACUUCCCAAUUGCCCUUGAGCAUGAUUCGAAAGGAAACAAAAUAGCGUGGAAGGUAGAAAUUGAGAAGCUGGAUUACCAUCAUUAUCUGCCUCUGUUUUUUGAUGGGCUCUGUGAAAUGACAUUUCCCUAUGAGUUUUUUGCUCGGCAAGGAAUCCACGACAUGCUGGAACAUGGGGGGAACAAGAUUCUUCCUGUCAUUCCACAGCUCAUUAUCCCGAUAAAAAAUGCCUUGAAUCUUCGAAACCGACAGGUCAUCUGCGUCACCCUUAAAGUCCUCCAGCAUCUGGUUGUGUCAGCUGAGAUGGUGGGUGAAGCUUUGGUGCCCUAUUACCGUCAAAUCCUCCCCAUCCUGAACAUCUUUAAGAAUAUGAAUGCCAUGACCUCACUGAGAGCCAGCCUGAAGGAAUGCAGCUUUAGCUGUGAUGGAAGCCAUCAAAGAUUACAGGCCCUAACAGUGAACUCCGGAGACGGCAUCGACUAUAGCCAGCAGAAGAGAGAGAACAUCGGCGACCUGAUCCAGGAGACGCUGGAAGCCUUCGAGCGCUACGGCGGGGAGGACGCGUUCAUCAACAUUAAGUACAUGGUCCCCACCUACGAGUCAUGCGUGCUCAACUAGUGGCAGGACAUGGGACGGGCGCGGGUGUCCCCGCAUCCCCGUCAUCUGUCUCUGCUGCUUUCGGCAUCUCAUUACUUGUGACUUCUACGGCUUUCUUUUCUACAGCUGCUAAAAUAGUGGCUUAUGGGCCAUUGGACCGUUAGUCCUAUUGAGAGCAAGGCUUUCCAAUACAUAAAUAGUGCCUGUUUCUUAGAUUACAAUAGCGUACUGUGCUUAUUUGUUCUAAGAGAAGAAUUGCCUCUUUAUACGGCUCGGACAGAAGCAGGAGUCCGAGUUAAACCUUCAGUUGUAUAGACAAUAAAACUAUAAUUUUCAUGCGCAAUUCA